GAGAAAAGUUAAUAACAAAUUGAACUUUGACAGCACACAAGUUAUUGUAGCGAGAUAUGACAUACCGCUUCUUUAAGAGCUCAUUACAUCAAAUUGUUGAAUACCACAAAUAACGCAUUUACACAAACAAUACAGUAACCCACUAGAAGCCCUGUGAAUUAUUUGCUGUUUCAUAAUAAGAUAACCUGGCAAAAAACAGGCGUGGAGGAGAAGGGCGUAACUAAAUAUCAUGGAGGCAUCUGUUGAAUUAGUUUAAUUUUUGCUCUGGAUUAACCUUUUUUUUUCUUUUUCAAGCAUAAUAAAGCAAGUUUCAAGUAUUUGCACAAAAGCUGAAUUUUUGCUAUCUGCCUUCGCAUCAUUUGAUUCACUCGUCCUUCAUUAGUCUGGAUCACGAGACUUACAACGCUUUCUUAUUAUUGCAUUGCACAUCGAUCCUUAUUGCACAUAAUUACAUGCAUGAUUAGACCGCGCACAUUAAAACAUGGCGCCUUUUGUCUUAAAGCUGGAGCUCCCUAAGGAAAUAAUCUUCAUUUUCUUUGAAACGAGUAUGGUGAUCUAUCAUUUUGUUUCCCGUUUUUAAGAAGAGCAUUCAUUUUCGUUCUCUAUAAUAAACGUAGACUUCAAGCAAGACUGAUGGAGAAUACAAAUUUAAACUAAUCUUUUCGUUUACUCCUUUUUCUGAGGCUUCUAGGAAGGACUGUAACCUUUACUUUGUGCUAACGGACACCAUUCGAAUAAACAAAAUGUGAAAAAAAUACAGCAUGAUGUACACCAUCUUUAAACGACGGAUGUUUAUUGGAAAUGGACUUUUGAUAUAAUUGCUUGGAAGUUCAGAGGUUUUCAAAUUCAGUAAACGUCCAAAUUUACCCCUGUUUGCAACAUGUUUCAAAACAUCAGCAAUAAGGUUAUACAUCACGUGAUCUUUAGGACGUUUGUCUGUUUGUUUGUUUUGCUUUUUAAUUAUUAUUAUUUUUUUAUACUUAAGCAGUUCCUUGUUGCAUCUUUCAAGGCCAUCUGGACUCCCGUCUUGAAAGUAAACUCAUUCAAGAAAGCAUGCGUUCCUGACUCCGCUCCCGUUCUCUUGGAAAAAAGGCAGUUAUAAUACACGAUGAAAGAGGCAGGAGAUUUCUAUCCCUGCCUCAUCAUAAACCUCGUAGUCAAUUUCUUCUCAUGUUACACAACAAUCAUGUUGAACAUUGCCUUAAUAUUCGCCCUUCGAAGGUCUUCAUCACUGCCAAAGACUCUAAAAGUAUUGAUCCAUAGCUUGACUGUUUCUGAUCUUGGUAUUGGAUUAGUUGCCCAGCCUUUGCACAUCGCUCACAUGCUUAUGCAAAUACCACAAACUGACGACAAGGCAACUUCUAAAGACAUAGAUAGAGCUCUGCGUCUCAUAGGACGCACCCUUGGUUAUGUUUCAUUCUUUGGUGUCACAGCUAUCAGCGUUGACAGAUUCGUGGCUAUCCACCUUCACCUCAAACACCAGGAACUUCUCACCUACCAAGAAAUUGUGACUUACAAGCGUGUUGUAGCUGCAGUAAUCUUAAGCUGGAUUCUCAGUGCUUGCCUAGCCCUAACCGAUGUUUUGAGCAGCAAAAAUGUUAGUGACCUUGUAGGGAUGACUGUGGGCUUUGUUUGUCUCCUUACUAUGGCUCUAAUCUAUUUCAACAUUUCCACAGUUGUACGUCGCCACAACGUUCGAGUUAAUGCACAGCCAGCCCAAGCAGUGGCACAAAACGAAGAAAGUCACUCAAAUUUCGAAAGACUGAGAAAAACAGCAGUUGGUACAUUUUAUGUGUAUCUGUUGAUUUUGGCCUGUUAUUUGCCAAUGACUAUUGUGAUCCUGACCGGACGACAGAAGAAUAAGAUGAAACAUUUGUUGAUUUACGCUCGGACGCUGUUAUAUUUGAGUUCAUCCCUCGUUCCUCUGGUUUACUGCUGGAAGUUUAGACACAUCCGAUGCGCUAUCAAGAAUAUUCUGCGCGACAUAUUCGCAAGUCAGAAUCAGAUUCAGCAAGGCUAAACUGUAUGUCUAUCUGUUGUUUUUGGCCUGCCAUUUGCCAAUCGUUGUUGUGAUCCUGGUCGGACAGAUGAAUAAGAUGAAUUUCAAAGAACAUUUCUUAAUUUACGCUCAGACGCUGUUAUAUUUGAGUUCAUCCCUCGUUCCUCUGGUUUACUGCUGGAAGUUUAGACACAUCCGAUGCGCCAUCAAGAACAUUCUGGGCAUAUUCGCAAGUCAGAAUCAGAUUCAAGAAGGUUAAAUUUUGCUAACUUAAUUCAGCCUUUGAAAAAUGACAUGACCUUUCUAGUCUGUAUACGCAUCGUGCAAGAAGUUAUAACGGUUUUCCUGUGUUAUAUUUAAACGAUAGACCUAAACAUUUGUUUGUCUCCCGAUUUAUUCCUUCCUGAUGGCCUUAUUAGUCCUUUAUUACAUAUAAAAACGUCAAACGUACUGUAACUUUUGCUAUUCGAUUUGUAUUAUAAAUUGCACUUUUAUUUGGGUGACAAAAAAAUUGGCAGAAGUUAGAACUUUAAUCUAAAAACAAUAGUAUGCAGAUAGCCUCGUACACCUGUAGCCUAUAAAUUGAAAAUUCUUAGUUUUCUAUAAUUAUCAUUUUUGAAUGACAUACGUGUAUAACAGUCUGACUUAAGGUAGAAUUUUCUGGCAAAUCGAUUACGAAAAUAUUAAUUUUAAAUUAAGAAAGAAUGAUGCACGACUUGUCAUGUAAGUAUUAGUUUUAUCUAAUGCAGGAAAGAUCAUGAAGAGCAAUCAACGUCAUCAUCCUUAACCGUUUAAACCCUAGGAUCAAAAUUAAAAUUCUCCUUAGUCGCCCCUAUUCAUUUACUAUAGAAGUAGUGAGGAGAAGAUGAUAAAAUAUCAAGCAAAUGCAUACUGUGUGAUGAUGUCCUAAAUUCUCAGCUAAAGGCCUCUGGAUAUCAGAUAAAACACUAAAUGUUGUGUUUGAUACAGCUUCUUCUUGAAGAAAUUCAAAGCAAUAAAAGUCCGCAAAAUUUUCUCGUAGUUAAUUUUCUCAACCUCCGUUAAGGUAAUGAUUUCCUUGUUUUUGUUUUCUUUUCUUGAAUUAUUAAUAAGCUUAGGAAUACUCAAUCAACCUCGUUCUCCUUCGACAGAGGAAGUCGAGUUUAAGGACUCUGGAAACGAGGUCGUUAGCCAGACCACUGCAAUAAUUCACACGUCACCCCAAGGGUUGGGGAAAUGAAACAAUAGGAAUCACCUGGAAGUUCAGUCAUGAAUAAAUAUAUAUCCUUUGUUUUAUUGCCCCAAAACUCUGAGCCUGUAAAGACCACGAACACUUGCAUUUUCAAUGAAACAGUUUGUUUUAUAAUUGACACAAGGAUCAAUUUCUUUUUCUUUUAGGGGUAAAAUACAAAAGAAGUUUAAGUUAUUUUUGCUUUUAUCGAAGUGCAAAAAUUUAUAUUGUCUUGUGUUUGCUGUGAGAUUUCUAACACAUCAGUAGCAGUGCUAUUUCAUAUCAUGAUAUGGCGCUGAAAAGACAAUUAAUUUUUUUUCACAAGGCAGACGAUUACAAAAUCAUUCGGUCAUUGGCUUGAAGGCAGAUAAAACAUUUUAGAAUGGUUAAUGAAGCCACGUAGAUUAACUGCAACUAAAAUCGAAAAUUAAAAUCCAGCUUGAUAUAACCCCGCACCACAAGCAAUUUACGACUAGUUACGCCACAGGUUCCCCAAGCUCCGAAGUGAGAAUCGUCGUUGCGUAACAGAAAUCAGAAAUAUUAUAAGGGUUGGCUAGGGGAUUUUAGCGAUAGUUGGUCAGGGCACUAAAAUAAAAAAUAAAAAUACAUCAAAACUUCUUACCUUGCCUGCUUGUUUUAUUCAUAGUAUGUUCCUAGCAUUUCUGGCCAUUUCAGCGGGAUUCUAGCGAGUUCUACCUCUGCCGUUGUCCACCUGUUCUCUCUAUGCGAUGCUAAGACCAUACCAUGAAUAAAAAAGGGAAGCAAGGUAAGACGUUUUGAUGUAUUUUCAUUUCUAUUUUAGUGGCCUAAAUAACGAUCGCUAAAAUCCCCAUAUAAACUAAUAUAAUAGUAGUUCUGUUACGUACGUAACAACGAUUUUCUUUCGUGAGCUUAGGGUACCUGCGAUUAUUUGCUGCUUCCUCCGUUUCCUAUUAACACUAAAAAAGCCUUUAAUAUUCAAAUUUAAACCCUCAUUUGGUACACCUGUACGUUUUCUCCGGAAGUGGUUGAAAGAAAGUAAUUAUGGUGCCUUACGUGGAGAAACUUGAAAUGCUCAGUCCAUCAUUAUGAUCAGCUCGGCUGGCCAUUAAAAAAAAAAUAAACAGACAUCUCGUUAAUUGCCCAGCUCGGCAAGACGUUGAAUUGAACGCCCCCGCGCGCUGAGGCCCGUGUCCCUAACCAAUGCGUGUGUUGUUGAACACAGCCGGUGAUUAGCCUUAGAACAUUUUUUGGCUAGAAAGAAGAAUAACAAGGCGAAAAUAGUCGACCUCCAUGACUUUUGGAACUAUAAUCAAAGAAUGACCGAAUCUGGAGGUCUCUUUACAUCGCGCGCCGUGACCUGUAUCUUUAACGCCUUUUUGUCUUACACUGCCAUCAUGUUGAACAUUUUAACAUUUCUGGCGCUGAGAAAGACUUUUUCUUUGCCCAAGCCUUUAAAAACACUGCUUUUGAGUUUGGCCGUUUCUGAUCUUGGAAUCGGUUUGGUUGUCCAGCCUUUGCAUAUAUCACGUCUUGCCAUGGAGUUGCAAGCAGACACUGACAGCAACUCGUACCAUAAUAUUUGCAGCGCAAUACACAAAACAGGCGUUGUUUUCUUUUAUGCUUCUUUCCUUGGUGUUUCAGCCCUUACUGUGGACCGAUUCUUGGCGAUUCGUCUUCAUCUCCGAUACAAUGAACUUGUGACCCACAGGCGUGUCGUUGCUCUUGCGAUCCUGAUUUGGCUUUUCAGUGCUUUUACUUCGAUGGCUAGUGUCUGGAUUCCAAAACUGUAA